AUGAUAUCUGAGGCUGUGGAGAACAUGCGGAGCGUGGUGGAAGUGGCCGAAAAAGUGCUCGAGGCGGAAAGGAAGAGCAUUAUUGCCAACUUCCUCACCGCCAUCUUCAUGUUGAUCCCCGUUGCCGGCGAGGCGGUCGGAGCGCUUGGCGCCACGACGAUGCGCGCCAUCAUCGGCAUCGCUGGCGAAGUUGGAAACGUCGGAAUGACCAUCUAUGAACUGAUUAAUGAGCCGAAGGGUGCCGUGAUGACCAUUCUCGGCUUCGUCAUGGGCGGCGGGGUCUCGCGCCAACCCUUCAGAGAAGCCGCGGCGGCCCGGCGUGGUAUGAGCAGCACCGAUACUGGCAAGCUCACGCCCAGGAUCAAGAACGAUAUUGGCACCAUGGCCCAUGUGCGAAGCCAAUGCCUCAAGAGGUAG